GGUGGGCGUUUUUGUGAUCAAGCGAGAAUAGACUGAGAAUACGAUCAAAAAUAUAAGUUAUUUUGUUUUGUUUUUUUCAUCCCAGCGUCUUUUCUUUCGCUCCUGCAGGCUCAGCUUGCACAGCAGGUGAAAUCAUGGAUGAUUUGCUUAAGAAAAUAAGACGCAAGGAUGAAGCAGCAGCCUCUGAACUAGAAAAGGCAGGUUUGAGAGCUGACUCAGAUCUCCGGUCACUGACUUUACAAGAGCUGGGUGAGCUGUUGCCUGGAGCUGAAAAUUUCAAACUGAGAAGGGAAAUCUUUGAUAUAAUGCAGACGCAGAAACCAAUUGAUGCGCUCAUAAAAGAAUUCAAGAACUUCAUCCCACAUGAAUCUCUCAGCGCUGCCGUAACUGAAAAUGGAAUCUUGGUCAACUACCUGAAAAUGUUGAAGGAAAUGAAGAACCAAAUGCAAACGGUGCAAGAUUUCCUUGAUGCUCAUAUCCGUCUAGUGGAGGACUUAAGGAAAUCUCAACCAUUGCAGGACCAGGACAAAGAUACAAGUACCAGUGGUUCAAUGCUGCCCCCACCCUCUCCUACCUCCACUGGUGACCAUCCACAGAAAAGAAAAGGUGAAAUCAUGGAUGUUUUGCUUAAGAAAAUAAGAAGCAAGGAUGGAAAAGCAGCCUCUGUACUGGAACAGGCAGGUUUGAGAGCUGACUCAGAUCUCCAGUUACUGACUUUACAAGAGCUGGGUGAGCUGUUCCCUGGAGUUGAAAAUUUCAAACAGAGAAGGGAAAUCUUUGCUAUAAUACAGACGCAGAAACCAAUGGAUGUGCUCAUAGAAGAAUUCAAGGACUUCAUCCCAUAUGCAUCUCUCAGGGCUGCCUUAACGGAAAAUGGAGUCUUGGUCAACUACCUGAAAAUGUUGAAGGAAAUGAAGAUCCAAGUGAAUAAAGUGCAAGAUUUCCUUGAUGCUCAUAUCAAUCUACUGGAAGACUUAAGGAAAUCUCAACCAUCGCAGGACCAGGAGAAAGAUAGGACGCCUUCUGCCCUCUCUGUCACUUCCACUCAUGGCCAGACAAAGAAAAGACAAGUGACGUACAAGAUGGUCGUCAGCGGAGUAACCUUUGAUGCCGAUAAGCAGCUACUGGACAGAUUAACGACUUCAAGCGGGGAUAAAGUUUUGAAUUUGCUCAGUCGGGACGAUGGUGAGGUCAUCAUUGUCUUCUGUCCUGUUGUUUCACGUAUGGGGACAGAUGUUGAGGCAGCCAUGGCCCAAGACACAGGUGAUAAACCUGUCAUACUGGUUGUGAUGCAUCACGCAUAUGAAGCCAAACCUGUACGCUCAGUGAAAACAUGGAAGGAUUCUUGGAAGGUCGUUUUGUGUGUUCAUGUUUUCUACCAUGAGACGGUCCCUGGAUUGCUGCCAUGUCAGGAAAAUAAUGAUGCCAUCUUUAAGAUACAAACAGAAUUACUGAAAUACGGUGUUGACAUAACUGAAAGUACAAGUGGAGAUACUCAGAGUUGGUUCAGAUCGCCAUAUUCCUGGUUUCAAAAUUCAACAAAAAAAAAAUAAACAAUGAAAGUAUAAUGCCUGCAACUACAAGUAAAAGAAACUAUAAUAGCUUGUGUCAGCUUCAGCUUUAAAUAGAAGAAACAGUAAAAAACAAGUACAGUUUAUCUUGAUUUGUCUCCAUCUGUACUGUCUGUGUGUUUAUCAUCAGUUCAAAUCUAAAAGAGUUAAUGUCAUGUGAAAACAAGACAUGACAUAUUACCGUAGUUUUUGUGUGGUUGUACACCAGUCAGGACUUUAUCUAAUACAACUGAAAAAAACAAAAACCACAAAUGAGCAUUUUAUGGUGCGUGGGAAUCUUUUUUUUUAUUUUUUAAAAAAGGUCUGGUGAUUAGUAUUUUUAGUAUUUCUUUAGAUAUGUACAUGUUCAUGUCUUUCCCACAGUUCAGAAGAGCAAAUAAAGUCAGGGUUUAAAAUGCUGAUAUACUGUGUGUAUACAACUUUAUUGUGCUAUUGUUUUAUCUUUUUUUUAAUUUAUAUUGGGAAGUACUUAACACGUCAAAACACCAGUGUAAUGAUAAUCCCCUACAGUCUAUUUUGAGGAACAGCACUGGUUCAGCUAAUAUUUCUGUCUUUAGUUUCUAUAUUCUGUACAAAAACACCUGAAAUUAGAUUAAGACUGUAGUGCAAAGCCCACACUUGACAAGCAUUCAUAAACUAUAUUUAUGUCAAAAAUAGAUACAAACAUUUUAAAAAGAUCAUAGAUGGAAAUGGAAAAGAUUUUAUAAAUAGAAAACCAAAUGAUACAUAAGUGAUCAUAAUAUCUGUGCUUUUUUAGCUCUAUGUUUCCCCCAAAGGCCAAUAUAUCAUAACAAAGCAGAAUAAUUUAAAUGUUCUCAUUAACCUAUUCUUUUAUCUAAUGCUUUAAAGGCUCAC